UUCUGGAUAUAUGUACAACCUCAUUCUCUUCGUCCUUUCUCCCGAUCAUUCUCUCAUCAAUGGCGAGACUAGCAGCAGCCGCCGGCGAUGGACCCUCCCGGCGAGAUCCACUCCUCCACAAGAAGGGCGCCUACACCCGCUGCCUCUCCCAUGCCGGCGACGAGCUCCACAGCUUUCGAUCAUGCCUCCGCUGGAUGUGCGUCGACCAAUCCGAUCCCUUCCGCGCCGCCAUCUCCUGGUCCAUUUUCAUCAUCUUCGGCGUCAUCGUCCCCAUCGCCUCUCACGCCCUCCUCGCCACCUCCAACACCUCCCGGCGCGCCUACGACGCCGUUGUCCAGUUCUCCCUCUCCUCCAUCUCUGCCAUUUCCUACCUCUGCCUUUCCGCAUUCGUGCGCCGCUACGGCCUCCGUCGAUUCCUCUUCCUUGAUAAACUCGUCGGCGAGAGUGAUCUCGUCCUCCGUGGCUACAUGGCCGAGCUCAAUCGAUCAUUCCGGAUCCUCUCCUUCUUCGUCUUGCCCUGUUUCUUCAUCGAGUCCGCGUACCGGAUCUGGUGGUACGCGUCCGGCCAUGGGCCGGGGCAAUCGAUCCCAUUUCUUGGGGAUCGGAUCGCCACCGAUGUGUUUUGCUGUUUGAUGGAGCUUGGGUCUUGGAUUUACAGGAUUGGGAUCUUCUUUUUGCUGUGUGUUUUGUUUAGAUUGGGAUGCCAUUUGCAGAUCCUCAGAUUGCAGGAUUUCUCCAACGGAUUUCGAGAGGAAUUGGAUGUUGCUUUGGUUUUGAAGGAGCAUUUGAGGAUUAGGAAGCAGCUCACUGUUAUCAGCCAUCGCUAUCGAGUGUUCAUUGUCUCUGUGCUUUUCCUCGUCACAAUUAGCAACUUCACAUCGUUGCUUCUCACCACUCGCCCUCAUGCCAAUGUUACCUUUUCAAACGCUGGAGAACUCGCUGUGCAGAUUUCCCUGAAAGAGAAGAGCUUCCGGUGCAGGUGCGUGUGAUUAGAUCAGAGUGGCAGCAACUAACAUCUG